AUGUCUGCAAGUAGCCCUUUACGUGCAUCAACAUACCAUCGAUACUAUGACAAGUAUUAUCCACACCACAUAGAGCUCUUGGAAGAUCUAAUACGUGGUGUAUCGUUGGCCCUACCAGGACGUUUCGAGGAUGCUGACCUAUGUUCACAGACACUCAUUUCCGUGUUGAAUCUAUUCUUGCUCCACCAUACACACUUAUUGGCAAGGCGGCGUUCCGAAAAGGAUGAAUCGUUUGUGUUCAAUAAGCACGUUCAGGCGUAUUAUCGUUCUCAGUGGCCAUCCAAAACGGCAUCACUUGCCUUGAGCAUCAUAUCUUAUACGGAGGUGGUAUUUGAGCUCAUUCUCCAUCGACGCGUCUCUAGCAAGUCUCGGCGCUGGCGUUGGAUUGUAGGGAUUGAAGGAAUCAAAGCUAUUUUGCGUUUGGUGUUAUUCUUUCGCUCUGGAAAGCGCACAGUCAUUCAUCCCACACAUCUUGUGCGAAACACAGAUCCAUGCACAUUUGAAAGCAACGUUACCGACAAGCUUGAGCUGGCAACCCUUGACCCUCGAACAGGCACACCUUCCACAGCCAAUCCUCGAUUACUGACAACAUCCACUACUGCAUCAAGCACCACACCAAGAAGGGGAUGGGCACUUUUUGGAGAAAUAGUGUGGGUUAUUAGGCCUGUGGUAUAUGCAUUUAUGGUAAUGAAUACGAUACGUCGAGGAUCACACAAGGUCGUUGAAAAGUCUGAAGAGGAGGAAGAAACAGAAAAAGAUGAUGAGAUUGAGUGGAAACCAUGGCUAGUAUCAUUAUGCAUCGAUUUGCUAGCACGAACGGCACGUUCAAUGCAACCAUCAUCAUCGCUUGAGCAGGAUGAGUACAAGCGGCGAGAUUAUCUCUUGCUUUAUUAUUUAUUACGAGGCCCUGUCUACAACCUAUUUACCAGGCGGCUCUUGGAAAUGUUUUGUGAUGCGAGUGAACACCGCCCCCUGGUAUCGAUUCUUGCGACUGCAUUGAAUGAUUAUAGGCCAUUCUGGGAGCAAUCUUACUUUUACACAGCCGGGUCAUAG